UCAAUUUUGAGGCACCGCAAACAAAGUCGGGCUGGUUCGCUGACAAUAAAGAGAGAGACUCGAUGACACUCCCUCUUCUCGCACUCAAAAACCUAAAACUCUCUCUCACUCUGCUGCCGGUCGCUCACCUCCGGCUCCGGCAUCCCUCUCUGUCUUGGCUGAAUAUCGACGCAGCCACCUCUCUCGGUUGAGUUUCAUUCCAGUUCCUCUCAGUCUCUUUCUCGUUGUCUUGCUCCAGCCCCCUCACCUGUUGACAGGUAUUAGGAGUAAGAAAAAUGUUUCUCAAAGUUCAGUUGCCAUGGAAUGUUAUAAUCCCUGCUGAGAGUUUGGACACCAAAGGAUUGGUGCUUCAAAAGUCCAUUAUCAUCCGCUUGCUUGAUGAGUUUGCUACUAAGAAGGCAACCAAAGAUCUUGGAUACCUUCUUGCUGUGACAACUCUAGACCACAUAGGAGAGGGGAAAGUAAGGCAACACUCUGGGGAUGUACUUUUCCCUGUUCGGUUCAGUGGUAUCAGUUUCAAGAUUUUCAGGGGAGAGAUAGUGGAGGGUGUAGUACACAAGGUGCUCAAGCAUGGAGUUUUCUUGAAAUGUGGUCCCAUUGAGAAUGCUUAUCUCUCUUCUAUAAAGAUGCCUGGCUAUACCUAUACGGUCGGGGAGAAUCCAGUCUUUCACAGUGAUAAACAGCCCACAAUUGAGAAAAAUGUGGUAGUUCGUGUCAUUGUUAUCGGGACCAAGUGGCUUGAAGCUGAAAGGGAGUUUCAGGCGUUGGUCAGUGUGGAUGGUGAUUAUCUCGGCCCCCUUGACAAGGAGUCUUAAAGGCCCCCUUUACUUGUUAUGUAUAUAAAGUGUUACAUGUUGCAUCUAAUUUCUGUACUGGGUAGUACUCCCUAACCCGUCUAGCUGUAAGAUUUUGAUAUAGCAUGCGGUAUUUUUCCGGAUCGUGACUCUUCAGUUUGUGUUUGUUUGCAUAUUUCAAUCUUUGCAUGCAUCUAUUAUUUUUUCUGUCUUUUA